AAUAUGCCACCAGUCAACUUCCAAUAGUUUUCAACUGUCAGUUUUAACAGCAGUGAUAAUAGGAGGAGUUAGGAGGGAGGAAAGGGAGUGAGUUACUCAACUUCUUCCCUGUUUUAUCUCCCCGCGGUGUGGAAGAGCGCGGGCAAAGAGGUAGGUUUAGCAGACGCAGACAGGUCGGACUUGAGUAGUGUGGAGUUCCUGGGCGUUUUGAUCGGAUAGGGUGGAGUCCCAACCGGAGAAAGGAAUGUAAUACACAGACGAGCCGAGGAACACUAGUGGCAGUACCGCGGAAGGGAUAUACGGCCAUACACCGCGGUUCAAGCAAAAAAAGACAAGGUUGUCUACAGGUUGAUGCCCACUUGAGGGUUUGAGUCCCUUCCCCCUAACCCCGACCCCAUCAUGGCCCACCGGUCCCAGAGUUCGGACAUCGGGGACAACCCCCUGGACCCUAACUUCCUGCCCCCCCACUACAGAGAAGAAUACCGUCUCGCCAUUGAUGCUCUGGUGGAGACAGACCUACAGGGCUACUAUGAAUUUAUUCAGAAAGCAGAUGUGGUCAACUUUCUCUGUCAACCGGAAAUCGAACACAUCAAGACCACGAUCCAGACACCCAACCAGGCCCCGACCUCGAACAUACCGGAGCUGCCCUAUCAUGAGGCAGACGCUGACGGCUCGUCUGACACCUACUGGCCGAUGCACUCUGACACAGCAGCCCCGGGGUUGGACCUGGGCUGGCCCCUCCAGGCGCACAGCUUUAUCGGCCCCACCGAGGUCACGACCCUGGUCAACCCCAGCGAGCCCGACAUGCCAAGCAUCAAGGAGCAGGCCAGACGACUCAUCAAGAAUGCACAGCACGUCAUCGCUGUGGUGAUGGACAUGUUUACAGAUGUGGAUCUGUUUUCUGACUUGCUGGAUGCCGCGGCGCGUCAAGUCCCCGUAUACAUUCUAUUGGACGAACAGAAUGCCCAUCACUUCGUCUCCAUGGUGAUCAACUGUAAGGUCAACUUGGACCUUGUCCACAUGAUGCGUGUGCGGACGGUGGCGGGAGUGACCUAUUUCUGUCGGACAGGGAAGUCAUUUAAAGGACAGGUGAAAAACCGCUUUCUAUUGGCUGACUGCAGGGCCGUGCUCAGUGGAAACUACAGUUUCAUGUGGUCCUAUGAGAAGCUGCAUCGCUGCAUCGCUCAUCUCUUCCUGGGAGAACUGGUCACCACCUUCGACGAAGAGUUCCGCAUCCUGUUCGCUCAAUCACAGCCCCUCACUGUUGACCACGCCCUAGUGCCUUUCUCCUCUGACAGCAGCAGCAGCAGUUACUAUGGUAACCAGUUUGGCUUGAAGCGGACCCAGUCCCUGCGAAACCCUCUGGGUUUCCAACGACACACCCCCGAACUUCCGGCCUACCCUUUCGGAGGAGGAGAUUCCGAGCGCUCUGCGUUCCGAAGAGAUGACAUGUUCCGACAUACCAUAGACCCAGGAGGACUGAAUCUUGGGAAGUUUGCAGUGUCACAGCAGUUCAGGAUGCAGCAGAGCCGCUCCAUGGUCUCCAGGCAGAUGGAGAUAAGCGCCAGUGACUAUAAGAGGCACAGCUACACAGAGGGAACCCAGGAGAGCUACUCCUCGUCCAGACAGUACAUGAAGCACAGAGUUAUGAACAACCUGGAUGAGACAGAGCAGCACUACCACAGGGAGCAGAGCCAGUCCAGCCACUACUACCAGGGUGGUGAGGGACCUGGGUUAGGACCUGGGUCGGGGCUAGAAGGACCUGGCUCAGGCCAUGGACACUACGACAGGCUGAGGAACAGACCAGCACUGGACCAGUACUCUGACUCAGGCUACCCUUAUGAGGAACCUCCUGGUCCAGAGGGUUACGGCAGAGACUACUUCUCCUCUGAGGACCUGAAACAUGACCCGGGGCAUCCACCAGCAGGGGGAAGGUACGGAGGUGGCAGUGGCCACAAAAGGCCGACGGUGGGCCAGCCCUAUGCCUGCCUGUCGUCCCCCACCCAUCCGCACCCCCCAGAGAAGCAGGUGUUCCCCGUCCCAGCGGAGGCAGACCACGACCAGGACCCCAACGUCAGACAGGGCCUCCGCAGCUGGAGGAUCAACUCCUACCUCAGCGCCUACGGGGACACAGGAGAGGAGGGGCUGCCCCAACCUCUGGGCCCUGAUGCUUUCCAAGACCCUGAGUCUGAUGGGAAAUCGUACGCCCAUGAGGCAAGAGAGCCUCCGAAUGUCCCCUCCAAGCCUAGACCGGAUAUCCGACCGCUGCACUACAGCAAGCCCUUCAUGCCUGAGAGCAUGGGGAAGGACAGGGCUGAUCGAUGGACCACAGAGUGGGAGAGAGAGAGAGAGAAAGAGCGGGUGGUGGGGGGGAAGGAGGUGGGGGCAGACGUGGAGAUGCCGUCGUCGAGGGAGGCUCCGGGGGAGGUCUCGAUCUCCAAACACGAGACGGUCCGGAUGCGGGUCAACCCGAUGCUCCAGAGGAGUUCCCGGCUGCGCUCCUCCCUCAUCUUUUCCUCCUCCAAGACGGAGACCCACAUGGGAGGCCUGGGCAUGAAGGUGGCCAACGAGGAGGACGAGAAUUCCGACUCGCUCCGCACCACCUCCAUCGUCCAACAGAUCCUGGAGAAGCGACGCUCCUUGACCCGGGAACCCUUUGAGUGGAGGAAGAAGGCAGAGGAGAACGAGAGAGAGAAGGAGAAAGAAGAGAAAGAGAAAGAAAAGAAAGAGGCUUGGUUGAAAGAGGAGGCUGAGCCAAAGAAAGAGCCCCCCAAAGUAACCUCAGCCAGCAGAGAGGUGUCUAAGAACCCCCUGGCCGAGGUGGAGACCACGAAAGACACCCCAGCAUCUGCAGAUCCCCCCAAACCCCAGUCAUUUAACAUGAACAACCCUUCCAAUAGACUGCAGUACUUCAUGGAGCUGGCUGCUAAGAGGAACGCAUCUAAAGAGGCGGUGAUAAAAGAACCUCCUCAGAAGAAACCAGACCUUCCAGACACUCCUUCUUCCAGCACGACCGCCAUCACCUCGGUCCCCAAAGUCCCCUCAUUUUUCGUGACUGCUCCAGAGCCUGCCCCAAAGAAACCACAAGUCGCAGCCACACCAGAGCUAAAAUUUAAACCUCAAACCUCAAGUUUGAAAAUCUCAGAGCCUGCCGCUUCUACCACAGCUCAGAGAAAAGACAGCAGCUCGGAGUCACAGAGGAAAGAGAAAGAGCCCGGUAAGAUUCUAAAGCCAUUCCCUUCUCCGAAGAUCUUCAAGAGGGACACUCUGAAGCCGUUCAAGAGCUCCAACCCACGCCACGUCUCCUGUGAUGAGGAAAUGCUAACAACGGACGCCACAGACGCGGAGAAAAGCGAGCUGAAGAAGUCUCGCUCCAAAAGCUCGUCCAGUAUGUCACAGACCGAGUCUAAGGAGGGGCUCCACAAGAACCUGGGCUCCAACACCUCCCUCAACACCCUGGGAGGGGAGGGAAAGGCCGACACUAAGCCCCUAGACUUCCUCAAGAAGCAGACCCAAAGACUCAAAGGUUUCCUGGGACCCAAGGACAAGAAGAGCUCCGGUGGUGCGACAUCGGCAUCCAACGGAGACGAAAAGACCAUGAGAACUGUGCCGGAAAGCUCAGAGGAGCCUGUGAUCGCCGCUAAAAACCUGAGCUCCACCGCCGACGCUAAAGCCACAGACUAUGCCACCUCCGCAGCCAAUCACAAAGCUGCGUCCAAAACGACAGGUCUGUCACGGUACCAGAGCUCCAGUGGCUCAGUUCUGUUCAGUAGCAACCUGAGAGACGACACCAAGGUCAUCCUGGAACAGAUCUCUGCCAACAGCCAGAAGAACCGUCUGGAGCGAGGAGGAGGAGAGGAGGCUGGAGGGGAGAAGGACGUAGACGUAGCAGGGGAGAAAGGAGGGCUGGAGAGGGAGCCAACGCUUAAAAAGAACCGCUUCCAGAGGCCCCAGCCCAACCCUCAGGAGAGAGAUAGCCUCCUGAAGAGGAUCGAGAGCAUGAGGAAGGACAAGAAGGUCUACAGCCGCUUUGAGAUGGGGAAUAACCUGGGAUAACUAAAGAUGGCUGAGGAACAUAUUGACUGGAAGCUGAGUGUGUGUGUGUGGAGGACGUGCAAACACACACCAACAUGCACACACACACAUUGUUCACAUUCAGCAAUAUAUGUGCCAAACACAUCAUCAGAAGACCAGAGAGAGAGGGAGAACACACUGAACACAAGAACAGCAGAUACCUCCUGUGACUUCAGACUGCAGUCUUCGGAUGAUCAGACGAUACUGUACUAAACCUUUAAAAGACUGACUAUGAAACAUGAGAUGAAACUGUACCCAUAUAAGGCAAGCGUUGUCUGGUUGGUUUUUGCCUUAUAUGGACUUCAUGGGACAACUUUUCACCGAUUCACCACAACCCUUCGUCCACGCCUAGAGUGAGAGAGAGUGUAUGUGUGAGAGAAAGUGUGUGUUGUGUGUGCAUGUUUUACUGCAAGAAAGCAACUGAACACAUGCCCAGCCAUCAAACAUGCCUGUACAGAACAGCACACUCCCUGUGCCAGUCGUAUGUAUGUGUGUGUGUCUGUGUGUGUGGAAACUGGUAAUGCUGAAAGUAUGUCUGGGUUUACACUGUGCCAAUGGAGCGCCACGUCUCGUCAAACCCAGAGAACUAUUAUUAACCAGUCUCCACACUAAAGACAGCAGAGAGGGAGAGAGAGAAAAUGAUAGAGGGAGAGAGGAAAAAUACAGAUGAACCCAGCUAGCACAUUUGGUUCCUUGGAAGUUGUGGGAAUGUACGUUUUUUGUUUUCCAUUGGUUCUCGGAACAAAGCUAUAUGUUUCCUGACUGGUAAAACUGAACAUCUUUUAAACAUUCUAAGAACGGAAGUGAACAUUUUGCCUGUUCUGAGAACAUUUUUAAGUUGCAGGGAGGUUCUGAGAACGUUUUUACUGUGCUUCCUUGAAGGUUUUUAAGUUGCAGGGAGGUUCUGAGAACGUUUUUACUGUGCUUCCCUGAAGGUUUUUAAGUUGCAGGGAGGUUCUGAGAACGUUUUACUGUGCUUCCCUGAAGGUUUUUAAGUUGCAGGGAGGUUUAUGAGAACAUUUUACUGUGGUUCCCUGAAGGUUUUCUUGGGAGGUUUUAUUAAUGUUUUGUGAACGGAAAUGAUUAAUUAUUUGAAGGUAAUUAAAUAACGUUCUGAGAACAUGUUUCAAUCAUGCAAACACAUGUAUUUUCUUUAUUGUGGUAUGGCGUCAGUGAGAUUCAAACCUAUGAUCUUAUGUUCUCUAGCCAUGAGGUUUAAAAUACUUUUGUUGAUGCUGAAUGUAUACGUUUUUAAAUAACAUUCUUAGAAUGAUCUUUGAAAGCUAUUAAUGUUUUGUGUUUUUUAUGGAAAGUUUUCUUAAUGUUCUUAGAGCAUGACUUUAAAUAUAACAAUGAGGAAACCUGCAGACAACUUUACACUUAAGCACUGAAAUUCCACCUAAGAAACAUAUGGUUCUCAGAACCUUAUGUGCUAGCUGGGUAUCCUGCACCAUUCCCAGACCUUUGUUUGAAGGUUGAAUGCAAAAUAACCCUAGGACAACCACACUCUCACCAAGCUCUAAGAAACAUAUGGUUCUCAGAAUGUUAUGUGCUAGCUGGGAAAGGAGAUGGAAAGAGAUGGACCAACAGGGUAAGAUAAUUAGAUACUGUGUAUAUGGCUUGCAGGUCUUUACAAUUUUGUAUUUAUUAAUUAAAUCACCAGUACCUUAGAAGACAAGUUGAGAUUGAGACUGCUUCGUUGCAGCCCUGUGUGGAUGCAGGUACCUGGAAAACGUAGUGAGUUGGAUAGACAAAACAAAACCUUCACCUAAUCCGGUCAAGUCAGGUCAGACAUCUUUGAUGAAGAAACGUAGGGAAGAAGGAAGGAAGGAUGCAUUUCUAAAAUGUUGUAUUUUAUACAAGAGUAUAAAAACUUUCACGCCU